AUGUGGAGGUACCGGGUAAAUGAUGGUCUUGUUCUUCUUCUGUCUUUCUGGAGUUUGGCAGAAGCUGGGAAGCUCUUGGUUGUGCCUCAAGAUGGAAGUCAUUGGCUUAGCAUGCGUGUGGUUGUGGAAAAACUCUGGGAAAGGGGACACGAUAUUGUUGCAGUAAUUCCGGAAGCCUCUUUGCUCAUGAAGAGCUCAGAAAAUUUCACCGUCAAAACAUAUUCUGUGCCUUACACACAGGAAUCUUUGGAUAGAUAUUACCAUUCCAUUGGUAAAGAUUGUUUUCUUAACCUUCCCCUUCUAGAAAAAAUUGCAAGUUUACUCAAAAAUAUAUCGGAAAUAACCACCAUGUUCUCUUCUACCUGUCGGCAUCUUCUAUAUGAUGAAGAGCUAAUGAAACACCUCCAGGAUAGCAACUUUGAUGCUGUUAUGAUGGAUCCUGUGUUGCCUUGUGGACCAAUUGUUGCUGAAUUUCUCUCCCUCCCUUCAGUGUACUUCAUGCGUGGUCUUCCUUGUGGCUUAGACUACAAAGCUGCCCAGUGUCCUAGUCCUUCUUCUUUUGUGCCAAGAUUUUUCACAUCCAGUUCAGACCACAUGACAUUUACAGAGCGUGUGAAAAACCUCCUGUUAGGUUUUUCAGAGCAUUUACUUUGUUAUCUGUUAUACUCAAAAUAUGAGAACUUAGCAUCUGAGUUUCUUCACAGAGAUGUAACAGUACUGGAACUGUUUAGCACAGCAUCCAUUUGGCUGAUGAGAUAUGACUUUGUUUUCGAGUAUCCACGCCCAAUAAUGCCUAAUAUGGUCUAUGUUGGAGGCAUCAACUGUAAGCAGAAGAAACCAUUACCAAAGGUUAGUCACUUUUUAGGUUGA